AUGACCGGCCGUGGUAGGAAGCGGCCUGCCUUGUCUGAGCUCGGCUGCGUCGCUGCGCAUGGCACGGGCUGGAGGGCGCGUGUCCACAUCGGCGAGCGCAAUGUUUUGUGCCCGCAGCGUUCUUGCAAGGACGAAGCCGAGGCUGACCUGGAGGCGCUGCGCGCCGCAUCUUCUUACCGCGAGCUGCGUUUGACAGCGCAGCGACUGAAGACGGGCUCUGCCAGUUUGCUUCCACUGUGUCUGUGUGGAAUAAACAUUCAGUACCCUUGGAGUCGGCUCAUCAUAGCUGGGGUGAAAACCAUCGAGGUCCGCAAAUAUCCGCUGGGUAAGUACCCCUGUUUCACUGCAGGACAAGAUGUAUUCCUCAUUGAGACUCCUGGCCAGCGUUCCACAGACGGUGCUGACUGCGCUAUCGAUGUGGGCCCACCGCCAGAACAUUCUCGUGUCAUUGGCUUGCUUCGAUUCAAUGGCUGUUUCCAGUUUGCUGACCUAGAGGAGUUUGAAGUCUUUCGAGCACAGACGCGAAUCAGGCAGGGUGGCAAAUAUGCCUGGUCGAAUCUGGGCGAUGGUCCCAUCUUCGGCUGGGGGGUGGGCAGUGCGAGGGAGCUAGAGCCCAUACCUGCUGACGGCAAGACAAUGCUUGGCUGGCAACGCCCUCGCGCAUUGACCGUGAGCUUCUCCGAUGUGUAG